GCACUCACCCACCUCGACCUCUCCUUCAGCCGCUUCACUUCGAUCGGUCCCUUCCGGGUUCGUUUGGUGAUUCACCUCAGUCUCCAUCAACCGCAUUCCAACAACUUCCUGCCACGGAGCUCGUGCGCUCUCUCUCUCUCUCUCUCUCCUUCUUGACCAACUUCGUUGGUGGCUGGUGAGUUAAAAUUUGUGCAUCUGUUUACAGAUUAAUUUGCUCUUGCGCCAGUCAACUAAUUAAUUAGAUGGUUAAUUUGUAUGUGGUAUAGUGUGUCUGCUGCCUAACUUGAUAUUUUCUUCGUUCAUUUUGGGCAUAUAUAGAACAAUAUCUAAUAUUGCACAUAUGAGCAUGCCCGUGGUUUUCAUGCAGCAUGUCGUGUGUGCCCCGAAGAUAUAGUUGGUUAAUUAGUUGAGCAACCGAGAUGUCUUGUUCCCUUCACUGUUCACCUACUAAUUCAUAAUUAAAAAAUUAGUUUAAAAUAUUAAUCUGAUUUCUUGCAUAAAAUUAAACUCAAUUAAAAGGUUCAUUUAACGCAUAAAUCUACCUAAUUUCUUGCAGAAAACCCCUCCCAUUGAAAAUCAGAUUUGUUCUACCAUAUGAGUUUUAUAAUACCUUUGAUCAUGUAUAUCUCCUAUAUAUAUGGAUGUCAUUAUAGCUCUCCUGUUUUCGUCUUGACUGAUCUGCAAAGAGUUAGGUGCAUAUGAAACGCUCACAUGUAAACCUAUUUGUGUGCAUGUUGACAGCUAGCCGUUUGUCGUGUUGCAUAUGAAACCGUUAAUUUGUUGUGUUGCAUAUGAAACGCAUGAAGGAAUUGCAUUCUAUAUUUCUCUAUUCUGUGGGCUACCAUUUGAUUUCAUGGUGAGAGUCAUGGGCAUCUAUAGAAAAAUGCAAUGAUGUGACAGCCUAUGUUACCAAUAUUAAUUUUUUUUCUUUCAUCAUUAAAGCUAUAUGGCUAUAUACACUGCCUUUUUAAUUUGUUCUGAGAGACGCAAACUGCCUGUUGUGCUAUUUAUGGUUACAGCCCUAUGCUUUAUAUGUGUAGGCUAGUUUUGUUAGAAAAUGGCAAGGAAAUGGACAAAUUGACAAUUAUUGAUCAAACAAAAUAGCAAACAUAAUGUUACCUCUAAAAAAAGGUCUCUCGCUUGAAGUCCUUUUCAAAUUUCACUUCCCAUCCUUUUAUUGUGAGCUUUUCCUCUAGGUUCACCUUUAUCAUUAUUUCUAACCAGCAACACCAUUAAUUUUCAUCUCAAAAUUUAAAGAAAGAGGAAGAUGGGAGAGAAGUCAGCUAAAAAGCAAUGGGUCAUCGACCUUGAAGAGCUCCAAAGUAUCAACUCUGAGACCGAGAUAGAGAAACGAAAGAAGCACUACAUCUACAGGGUGCCGAACAUCUUGAGGGAGCUCAACUACACAGCCUACACACCCCAGCUCGUCUCUCUGGGGCCUUACCACCACGGCAAGGCCCACCUCAACCCCAUGGAGCGCAAGAAGUACGCGGCUCUCGCCCACUACCUUGAGCGGGCCAAUAAGACUCUCGACGAGGUGAGGGAGUCCCUAAGGCCUCAAAUCCGGGACCUCAUGGACGCGUACGAUAGCCUGGAGGAGCUGUGGACGACGGACGAGGACCGGUUCUUGGAUCUGAUGAUCCUUGAUGAAUGCUUCUUUCUUCAAAUGAUGGUGGGGGGCAAUGACGAGCUCCUGAGGCCAUACAUGAAUCGUGGCCUGUGGAUGGACAUGCGCAGGAUUGAAAAUCAGCUGCCGCUCCUGCUUCUUGUUAUCCUUAUUGAAAUUGGAGGUCACGAGAUGGCCACGUUCCACCGCUUCUACAAAGUUGAGCAGCUUUCCUCUUUUGCGAGAAAUCAGAACAGAGUUCAUCCUCCGUAUGGCCUCAGAGAGAGUUCUUCUUCAGUGCAACAUCGUGUUUCCAAAGUACUGAUCAAUAUCUCAGUCCGUAAGGAGUACAUCAUUAGGGCCACAUUCCACCGCUUCUUCCAUCGCUUCAGAGUUCAUCUUUCGUAUGGUCUCAGCGAGAGUUCUUCUUCAGUGCAACAUCGUGUUCUCAAUGUACUGGUCAAUAUCUCAGAUUACACUAGGAGUUCAUCAUUGUUAAAUGCCAGAUUAAAUGAUGAACUGAUGCCACAGCUAUACUAAAGGAAUUGGAGACGAUGCUUAUCUUCAGACACGUUGAUCACCUUAAGACCCUUUUUGCAAUUGCAUCAACUUCCCAACAAUCGUUUUAAGCAGAUCCGCACACAUCCUGUUUACUCUCUUCAUCAAUCAUCUUCUGCAUGCUCAAAGUUCAAGAUUUUUCUUCAAAAGGUUACAAUAAAUCCUGGUUACACUUCAUCAAUCCUCUUCUUCCUGAAGGUAGUUCAAGAUAUUUCUUCAACAGGUUAAUAUCAAUCAUGUUUAGACUCUUCAUCACAAGUGACUUUUCCCUUUUUCUUUUUCUGACUAUUUCUUUUAUUUCUUUUUCGGACUAUUUCAAGUGUUUCUUACUAUUUCAAUUGUUCCAGGUAAUUUUCAAGUGUUUUAAAGCUUAAGA